ACACAGCUAGAUUCCACUCGGGAGUUUUAUCACCGACAGUGGAAACGACGUCCCACAUUAUAUUUACUGACACAUUUCUCGCAAACAGUUUUCUCAUCAUCCGAACUUGUGUUGGGAUUAAUUCUGUGUACCUUCGGCUUGUUGCAAGACCUGACAAAGAGUGAUCUCUUUAACGGCACAGCCGUCUCCCCCACUUGGCUUUGCCGCCCCAACUUUAAGGUGAAGUGUGACGUGACGGACACACAUUUAUUAAGUGUCACAGUCUAUCAAAGACUGUGUGAUGGUAGAUUAGCACAGUGUACGUCUGGGCUCCGUGUUGGAGGGUGUUUAUUUGUGCCAGGACUGGCCUGAUCUGAUUACCGGAUAACAUUCCACCGGGCCCUCCGUGCAGACUUUUUACCUUUGUCAUCUACAGGUAUGGCAGUUUACAUCUGUUGGUAAACAACAAUUUUUCCCACAUCAAAGCUGCAUGUUUCUGAGAUUGUACAUGUCUUGGUUAAGGUUUAAUGAGGAAAGAACAUUUUCUGAAACUUGAUGAGAUUCAAAAUGUACUUUAAUGUCAGUUAUUUUGAACAUUUGGGUAUUGAAGAGAAUAACUAGAGAGAGCAGUGUUUGACUUAGUUUUUGAAGGAAAACAACUACUACUGUGUGCAGUGAAAUAUGACUUCCAGCCACAGUGUUUGAUUUUUCAUUGAUCUGGACAUCUCGUAAAAUCUUCUGUUGUAACAAUGCAAUAAGUAUGUGCAGUAUAUUGUCAUAUCAGUGUGUUGAUGAAAAUAUAAUCAUGAUGCAUUUUUCAUCACACAAUAAACACUGACACCCAAUAGCUGAGGUGUAUUUUUGUACUGGAGUGUCGUUAAUCAUUCAUUCAUUAAACCAAAGAGUAUUCCAUGCUAAGAAAGCCUGUUGUAAGUUAUCAACAAGAGUUAUUCUUGAAGAACGUUCCUUGUGGAUUUAGUGAUGUCAUGUUCCCACCUGUAACUGAAUACUGUGUUUGAUCGUGUAUUGUGUCAUGUGGAUUAAUGUAGUGUUUUAUCAAUGGAAGCUGUGAAGCAAGCAGUGAUGUGUUUAAGAUAGCAAUAGCCUGGGUUCCAGUGGUUGAACAGUGUGUACAGUCGCUCUUAAAAAGUGAUAUAACGAUGUGCAUUGAGGAUAUUAAUGGAGGACUUAUUCACGGAUGUAUUGUGUUCAGCAUUCUGCCUUGAAGGAUUUAAUAUUAUCCUGCUGUUUUUUGGCAGGCCGUACAUUAUACCAUGUAAUUAGCUGAAGUGAGGUAAUGAAGAUUUAUUCUACAUGGAGAAACUUGUUUGUGGUGUUUGACAUUCAGGUGGUGGUGACCGUGAUUUAAUUAUUUGAAACAAAAAAACACGAAACUUCUGUCAUAUACUUGUGAAGGUAUAAUAAAAUAUGACCCAGAAUCUAGUGUUUCACUGUGACAGAAAUUAAUCAUCAUGAAAGGUUUAUCGUUACCUUAGUUGCCUUCUACGUGUUAAAAAAGUCUUUGUUAAACCAACAGUAUUUUUAGGUUAGGUGUAGAGUUCUGACAUGUUGUGAUUUAUGUAACAUAUACUUCACACAAAGACCAAAUUAAAAGUGUAAACUUACUUGAAUACAUGUAAUAAUGACGAGUGAUUUGCGGAAAAUAUUUGAGAUGAGUGUUAACAACGACGUGUUUAUAGACCCUGUUGAUGCAGCUCCGGGGUUGCAGAAGGCACCCAGUGUGUGUUCAGCACCAAGCAGUGAUGUGGCCUGUUCUAGACGGAGACGGUUUGAACGUGCAGUCAACAGAACAGGUCCCCCUCGCCUGGAGGAUCUGCAGUUGGCAAAGCAAAGUAUUGAAAAGACACCCCAAGCUUCCUCUAGUGGCGAUAUGGAGGUCUCAGCUAGUGGCAGUUUGGAUGCUUCAUAUAGCAAUGGACACCACCAGCCACACCACAAUGAAGUUAAAAGAGAUGGCAGUCAGAACAGCAGUUUAUCUCAAGAUUUCAAAGAAAAUGGAAAGGAUCAUGUUGAUGACAGAAGGACAAAAGCUCUACCUUCAACUUCACGUGUAUCCUCUAAUGGUUUGUCUGAAGACAACCAUAAUCACAAGUCUUGUAACCAUAAUAAUGAAGUUCAUCCAAAACCACUUCCUUCUCCAAGGUCUCCAACAAAUCCCUGUUCAAAUUUAGCACAUAAUACCAGUACACCAGACAAGAAACUGGGCUGUGAGUACUGCUCUCGACAUCGCGUCAGCCAUGUUGAAGUCCUCCACCCAUACACUCCACCUCAGCGGAUCCGACCUGUACAAAGAAGUGGAAGCAUCGAGUCAGAUCUUUCAGCUUCCGGGAAAUCUCGGUCGUUGCGUCGCAGUGAGAGUGGAAGCUCCUGUAGUGUUAAUUCUGACAUUUCAUCCUCAGCACAUAGGAGAAGCUCAGGGAGUGGCAGGCGUAGUGUCCAGAAUGGGGUAAAUACAGACAGACCACCUUCCAGUGUGCAUAGACGCAGCAGCCAUCUUGGUUUGAACCCCAGUGAUGCCUGUAGCUCGAAGAGAAAUAGUUUUGGUGUUAGUAGAAGUAGUAGUCACAGUAAUGUCAAUUCAGUUAACUCAGACAGACAGGUUUCUAGGUGUAAUAGUUACACUGAUGUCAAUUCUAAAUCCCCCAGAAAACAGACAGGUGUCACCAGGACUGGUAGUCACAGUAGCAUUGCUUCAGAUGUUGGUGAUGGUGCCACUCCCAGAAGGCGAUCAGGUGUAUUGCGUAGCAAUAGUCAUAUUGGAAACAAUACUGUUUCCACCGAUAAACUUCCUCAGGGUAAUGAAAGUAAUAAGUUAAGUGAUAAAACAAGGUCUAAAGUUAGACACAGUCAAAGUGAUGUGGGACCUGAUUCAGGGAAACGGAAGCCUGGAAUUUCUCAACAGGCAUGUGGUGAAGAUGGACGUAAUAAUAUUCCAUUUUCUUCAAAAAGUGAUAGAAAAUAUGGCUGUGAAAGUGACCGAACUGUAAAACGGAAUAGCUUGGGUAAAUUGGGAAGUGAAUCUUCAGCAGAAGGUAAGCGUAGUGUUCAUUCUAGUCACCGUGGGAAGGGAAGACUCGGUAGUACUGAUACCUGUGAGGCGGGUCAACAUGGAAGUAGCAGGGCUGGCAAGUCGAGGUUGAGACAGAGAUCACACCGAGUUGGCAGGAAGUCAGUGUCGGUGUACGAGAUGUCGGCCAGGGAUUACGAAGUCUCACCUCACCGCAGUCUACUUGAUCUGGAUCAGGCGUUAAGUUCGCUGUCCAAAAACCAAUCUUCACAGGCUAAGUCUGAGGAUGAGGUGCAGACGGAGAAGGCGUGGAUGGAUGCGGAGCAGGUCUGGCUUAUUCACAAGGGAGGGUUUGCUGCCGCUCACCUACUCAAGUCAAAUGAAUCCCUGCCUGAAGGAAAGAUCAAGAUCAAACUGGAAAGUCAGGGGGAUGUCCUGGAAGUGGAUGAAGACGAUAUUGAAAAGGCCAAUCCACCCCAGUUUGAUCGAGCUGAAGAUCUGUCAUCUUUGCGGUACUUGAAUGAAUCGAGUGCGCUGCAUACGAUCCGACAGCGGUAUGCCGUCAAUCUGAUCCACACCUACGCUGGCCCCUCUCUCAUCUUGGUGAACCCAGCGCAGCAUUUACCGCUGUACUCGGACAAGGUUAUUCAGAUGUUCAAGGGCUGUAAGCAGGAGGACAUGCCCCCUCACAUCUUCUCAAUGGCUCAGAUAGCGUACCGCGAGAUGCUGAGCACUCGCCGAGACCAGUCAAUCAUCACGAUGGGGCGCAGUGGUGGGGGCAAGACCAUGUGUGCCAACCACGUGCUGCAGUACCUGACGGCAGCAGCCGGGUGUGUCAACAACAUCCUGUCCAUGGAGAAGCUGAAUGCAGUGAACACACUUCUCGAGUCGUUUGGAAACAGCCGCACUCUGUUGAACACCAACGCGAGCCACUUCACUCGCAUCACCACCGUGGAUUUCGACCACUCGGGACAGAUAGCCUCAGCAUCCAUACAGAUUUUGAUGUUUGAGAAAACGCGGAUCAUCCGAAGACCAGAAGGUGAACCAACAUUCCACAUCUUGUAUCACAUGUUGGCCGGUGUCGACUCGACACUCAGAAAUGAACUGCAACUACAAGUUUUGAAUGAGCCCAACAUGUUGUUGACACCUCUACAAAAGCAAGAAGACCGUCAGAGAGCCACCUUGAGCUGGGGACGAAUCCUGCAUUCUAUGGAAGUUCUGUCCAUCAAACAGGAGGAGGUGAAGGCCAUCUGUAGUGUCCUAGCCGCUAUAUAUCACCUUGGAGUCGCCAAGGCUGUCAAAGGAACUAACAACAAGUCCCAGUUUGCUAACCCGACAGCUGCUCAGAAAGCUGCAGGUCUGCUUGGCACAACCAUCGAGGAACUAGCAAGGUCCAUUUUCACUGUGUCAGGAACCUCAACUCUUACUCGCAGCACAUCCAUGAGAGUGUCAAGUGCUGGUGACAAAGGUUACGGAGUUGACGCUGGUGCUUCAGCCCUGGAACAUCUGGAGGGAUUCAUUGUUGGCUUGUACUCGGACUGUUUCAACGCGAUCGUCUCCCUCAUUAACAGAUCUCUGUCAUCUAAUGUCCGAGCUGGACGGUCCAUCGUGGUGGUGGACACUCCCGGCUUUCAGAACCCGUCGACGUGCGGCCGCCAGUCUGGAGCAUCGUUUGACGACCUGUGUAACAACUACACCCAGGAGCGGCUACAGCUCUACUUCCACGACCUCACCUUCACACAGCAGCAGGACAGAUACGCCCAGGAAAAUAUAGAAUGUGAUUUCGACUUUGUAACAAACAGCCCAGCAGCUAUGGUCGCCCUUCUGGAUAAACCGACUCAGCAGGGUCUGUUAAGAGCUUCCAAUACAGAUCUCCGAGAUUUGGAGAAGAAAGGGUUAUUAUGGAUACUGGACGAGGAAGCCAUAUUUCCAGGAGCAACCGAGGAUUCUUUCAUGGAUCGUUUUUUCUCUAAUCAUGGAGAGCAUCCUGUCAGAAGGGAUAGUCUGUUGAAGAAAGGAUCUCUGGGCCACACGUUUAUUCUGAACCACUUCCAGGGCACAAACCCCGUGCAGUAUAACGCGGUCGGCUGGCUGAAGGCGUGUCGAGAGAGUCCCAUCUCGCGCAACGCAACUGUCGUCCUGCAGGACUCAAAAAAACACAACAUCAGUACCUUGUUUACGACUGUGAAAGCUCCAGUCGGGGGUAUGGUCAGCGGUUCUAUUGUUGGAAUGGAGGGUACGGCCUCGCUGCGUCGAGUCGGCAGUAUGAGACGCACAUUCAUGUCAGGGACGGCCGGCCUUAAAAAAAAGUCCAUUUGUUUACAGAUCAAGUUCCAAGUUGACACACUAAUCGACAUAAUCCGCAAGACGAAGAGCCACUUUGUUCACUGCAUGCUUCCCCAGCACAACACAGGUCUAUGUGAGCUGAAGUCACACACGGUGAAACCAGAGUCGCCCGAGGAGGUUAUUAUGAACGUCCCUCUCAUGCGCACACAGCUGCGUGGCUUCGAGAUCCUCGAUGCAGUCAGGAUCUUCAGACAAGGAUUCCCCGACUACAUGCCUUUCUCUGAGUUCCGUCACAAAUUUGAAGUGCUAAUUCCACCAAGUGCACGACCUGGCAAGGGUCUCGAUGAGAAGCAAGCCGUUCUGCAAGUCCUCGACAACCUGGACAUCGAUAAACUUAACUAUAGAGUGGGACUCAGUCUGGUUUUCUUUCGCUCUGGUGCUCUUGCGCAGUUGGAGGUGUUGAGAGACGAGAAGAUAACUGGAACCUUCACAGACUUCCAGGCGUACUGUCGAGGAUACCUGGGGCGCAAACUUCUCGACAAGAUACGGGUCCAGCACCUGGCGGUGAACUGCAUCCAGAAGAAUGUGAGGAAGUACAUGUCGAUCCGGGACUGGGAGUGGUGGCGACUCUACACCAAGGUUCAGCCUCUACUCAACGUACACCGCACAGAGGAGGAACUACACAAUCUCGAGGUUGAGCUGGAACAAAUGAAGACCAAAGUGGAGAAACUAGAGAAGGAGAGAAACGAGUACAAACAGCAGUGUGAUAAGUUGGAGAACAGACUUUCGGAGAUCACUGCUGACCUGGCAGAGGAGAACACGACAUCGCAGAAUGCGUCCGAACUUCUCGAGGCCGAAUCGGCGGAGAGGAUGCGGCUGGAGAAGGAGAAUAAAGACAUUCAGGCCAGGUACAGUGCGUUGAAGCGCCAGCAUGAGAAGAUGGAGAUGGAGGUGAUGGAGUCGCGGCUGUGGUACUCGCAGGCCAUCGACGGAGAACUUGAUGACGAUGACGGAAAUGACUCUGUGUACAAAGAGCGGUACGAGCGAAUCGUCAAGGAGCUGCAGAUCACCAGGAAGCGGAUGGCACAGCAGCACGAAGAGGAGAUGGACAUGGAACUGCAGUCGAGGAAAAUCAUCGAGAAACGGCUGCAUGACGCGGUUGAGGAGGCUGAGGAGCAGCGCCGCCUGGUGCAGCUGUCGAAGAAGAAGGUGCAGCGCCUCACCCAGGAGAUGCAAGACAUGCGACUCCACCUGGAGGAGCAGAUGGCGCGCAACAAUGAGCUGGAGCGCAAGCAGCGACGCUUUGACGCCGAGCUCAACAUGGCCCACGAGGACGUCCGCGAUGAGCACAGCCUCAGGGAAAAACUACAGAAGGAGAGGGACCAGCUCGUGUCGGAGAAAUACACACUUGAAAACAAUCUAGAGAGGUAUCGAAUGGAUCUUCAGUCUCAGAUUGAUAAGACCGAGCGGCUGGAGAAAGAACUAAACGAUCUCCUAGCAACUGAGAAAGAUAACAAUGAGGUUGUAACACUAAAACGUGCAAAGCAUGAGCUGGAUUCAAAGCUUCGUGAACAGGAGGAGGAAUUGGAUGACCAGGCUGGGCAAAUUCAACACCUGGAACAGGCGAAACUGCGUCUGGAGAUGAAUGUGGAGAAGAGUAAACAGCAGCACUCCAAGGAGCUGGAGGAGAAGGAGGAGGAGCUGGAGGAGCUCAGGUUCAAGAUGCAGAAAAAAGUUCGGCAGCUGGAGUCGCAGGUGGAGGAGGAGUACGAGGACAAGCGGAGAUUGAUGGACGAGAAGAACCAGCUGGAGAGACAGCUGCAGGACGUCAGUACCCACGCGCCCCCCAGAGAUCUAGAUACAGAAAGACGCUUGCGGCACAAUUUGAGGAAAACAAGGGCUUUACUGAAGGAUACAGGCAACAGUUUGCAUAAGCAGAAAACAAUGGAGGGAACAAAGUCACAAAUUAAUAAUCUGAAAAAUCAGCUUGAAGAUGCUCAGUUUUCAUUAGUUGCUGCAGUUAAAGCUAAAAAGAGAAUGGAGCUGGAAAUUGAGGAUUUGCAACAACAAAAUGAAGACCUGUCACGGUCAAAACAAGAGAGUGAGAAGAAGGCAAUGGACCUGCUAAGAGAGAAGAGUGAUCUGCAGACAAAACUAGAGGAGAACGAAGAAGACCUCAAUGAAAUAAUGAAGAAAUACAAGGCAGUUGUACAGCAGCAAUCUGUUGACCAGAUCACCCUCUCUGAUCAAAUACAGAAUAUUCAAGAACUGUCCUUGCAGAAAGAUCAACUCAGACAAACGGUGGACGACUUGACGUCGAAGGUGGCCACAUAUGAGGAGAACUCGGUUGACAAACACUCGGUCAGCAGACUGGAGGUCAAGGUGCGGGAACUCGAGGCCAAGCUCGAACUUGAGCAGACCAUGCGGCAACGGGCAGAGACACAGGCAUGCAGAGUUAAAGAUCAGUUGGAGAAAGUCAAUUCAGAGAAAGAAGAACUAAAUACAUCAAAACUGUCUGCCGAAGAAGCUCUCCGCAGGUCUCAGAAACAGCUGCGUGAGUUCCGUGAAGAGUUUGUCGAGAUGCAGAAGAAAGAGGCGGAAGCAAGCCAUAAAAAAACAGAACUGGAAAAGCAGGUGGAGGAUUUCGAAACGGAAUGUUCACAACGGCAGUCGGACUUAAAGAUAGCCUUCAAGAGGAUUGCCGACCUUCAGGCAGCAUUAGAAGCCGACAUAGACAGUGAUGAUAGUCUGUUGGAGGACAGUGAUGAUCUAGAUGAUUUAUCCGAUGGAGAUUCCGACAUUGACGCAUUCCUUCAGAGCCAUCACCAGGCUCCUCUCGGUCGGACCAGUGUGAGCAGUCCCCGGUCAUUGUCAACGUCCAGUGGCAAGGUUGACGGCAUUCUACACAACACAUCAAGUGAAGCUUAGAACAAUUUUCUACAAACCUGAAUGGGCCGAGUGCAACAUGAACAGCCAGUUCUUCACUUCAGCAUUUUCAAAUUGUAAUUGUUAAGCAUUUAUUGUUGUUUUUUCAAAUGCUGAUCUUACCACAAAAAUCAGUAUUUAUCUGAUGACAGUGACUAGCUGUUCUUUAACUGUGUGUGCAAACAAUGACAUCUGAUUGGUGUAAAUUUAUCUUGUAAUGGAGACUUGUGUCAUUACAAGACUGUAACAGGUAUACAUCCAUACACGACACUGACAGAAAUGUUCAACUUUAAUUACCGUUCUUAGAAAGAAAGAAAAAGGGCAUUUUAUUAAUGAUAACCGCAACAAAAGGGUGCAAUAUGGUUAGAAAAAAUAAAGAUCAUGAAAUAGUACCAGUAGUAACAUGGACAUAACACAAAUUAUUUGUCACUCCUAAGAAGAAAAUUUAUGAUUAUUUUACCAUAAUUAGUCAGAAAGGUUAAAUCUGAAUUUGAGGUUUAUAUCAUAUAUCAAUUAUUAUCAUGAAUACUAUUUUAACAUACAUUGUUAUAAACAAUAAUUAUGUGCUAAAUUGCUCAUUGAUUCGUUCUUCAUUUGAUAAUGAUAGCUCAGUUUCUGUUUAUACUAAAUAUCUAUAUAGGUAUAUAAUAUCUUUAUAAUCAGAUAUAUAAAUUAUUGACAAACGCAGUCUUGAUGCUCAUUAACAAGAUGCACUAAUUGACUGUAAUUAUUAUACACAGACCUCCUGAUGAAUAUGGAAAACCAAAAUGUGUGCAUUGCCAGGCACAUUCUCUUAAUAGCUACUAUAUAUUUCAAAUGCUUACAAUAAGAUAUAAUUAUUUAGUAUUAUAAUAUAUAUUAUAAUAACAUAUGUAAAAUGCAACCCCUGCAGUUAAGAAAACGUUCACAGCAAAAAACAAGCAGUGGGAAAAAAAUUCUAAUAUAGUCCACAACAAAACAAAUCCCGGGGAGAAUGAAAAACUCCACGGCAUUGCCGAUUGCAAUUGCAGGGGUUGAAAUGUUAAUUCAGAUCAUAAAGGGUCAAUAAUAUGUAAAGGACUGUAAGUGAUAUAGCCAUUUAAUGUUAAAUCCACUUUAUAGCGGAUAGCUAAUUAAAACAAAACCUGCAAAGAGGAUACUAACACAUACAAGUGACAAACUGUAUUUGUCAUUGUGUGACGGACAGUUUAGAAAACUCCCUUAAAGGACAUGAAUAUCUCUCUAUAUAAAUAUGAAUGUACACAAUGUUAUGAAUAUCUACUUACUGAAUUAUGAAUGCAGAUGGUGUCAGACUAGGAGAAUAAAGCCAACCUAUUCCAUCGUGAUCUAUGUAACUGGAAGUCAGAGGCUGAUUGGAUGAAACAAGUGUUAACCUUUUCAUGUCUGUGCAUGAAUGACAUCAUGGACUGAGCAGUUUUGUGAUGUCAAACUAACAGGUUGCAUCCACAACAUAAUUAAACUGACAACGAACCAUGUCUUGAUACGGAAUGGUUAAAGAAAAUGGUUAUAUCAAGAUUUAGUAUACACUUUGGAAAGCAAUUGUAUGUAUUACAUGAUGCCCAUGAAGGAUAACAUUUGCUGACAAGUUGGAAAAAACACAAUUAGUUCCUAGUGUAUAAAAAGUUGUAUAAAAAUCGUGCAUGGAAAACUAAACAAUGAUGGAAUAAUUUGUCCCCACUGAACAUGUCUACACAAAGUACUUUCAAAUGACCUGCUAUAUCGUGGUACAUUUAAAAGAAAACAACCAGCACUGACAUCAUCAUAUUUUAUUGAGAACACCAGUACCAAACUGUAGGUGGUCGUACGCCCAUGAUAGUGUUGAUAAUGAAACAUUGCAAAGGUUGCAUCAGUUUGGGCACAAAUUAAAUUACAUGUAUAUGAAAGGACAUUAGUAGCCUGGACAAAAGCCAUAUUUCACAGAAUAUUCAUGUUUGAAGUAGUAUAUUUUGUCAUCAUGUAUUAUAACAAAAUUGCUUAAUCCAUGCCAAUGUAUACAACUAUUGCCAGUAAACAUUGAUAGGCACCUGACCGUGAUACUGCAUGUUUCUUUGAAAUCUUUUCCGGAUUAACAUAGCCUUAACUUGUGCAUGUUUGCUUCUAUUGAUAAAUAAUCUUAUAUAUUUAAUCAUGAUUUCAUGUGGAUUUUUCUAAAUGUAUACAUUCUUGUGCAUAUUAAUGUUAAACUAUCUUUAAAAAAACACAAAAAAACCCCACAUUUCUGCUUUCAAAAUCACUUAGAGCUCAUCAUUAGCUUCCAAUAUUUGGAUUCUAUUAUUUUUGAUACAAUUUCUCUUUAUAACUUUUGUUCUUACGGUAAUUUUGUAUCAUUAUUUUCAAGAUUUCUUUUUCUUUUUACACCUUUUAUUUGAAACUGAAAACAUAUUUUAUGUUGGUAAAUAAUGCUUCAGUGAAUAUUGAACACGUUGAUUGAUUCAGCCAUGCCUCCAUUGUUACUUAAAAGAAGUUUCUAAAACUUGUAUUAGUUUGAAAUAAAAUUAAAAUUAAAAUAAAACUAUAUUAACCUUGAAAAUUAUUAAUUUAAAUGUUUGUGGUCAGUAAUUGUCACGACACCACCAUUCACCAUGCCAUACUUUCUCUAGCACCUUAAUAUAGUCCAGUUUAGGAAAUAAGUCUUAAUUUAAAAAAGAAAGAAAUGCUGCCUAUUCAGAUUUUUAUUUGACGAUUACAAGUAGGUUGGCCUCUGUAGUAUUUAAAUAAAACAUUGGUUUGAAGUUACUUGUUAAUUUUAUUACUAGAUGAUAACAACUGUGCAUGUGGUAUGCUACUACUUACAUAACAUCAAAAUGAGACGGUGUUCUAGCUAAAGGGUGAAUAACUGAAAGUGGUUGUGGUCAUCCUAUAUUGAUUUUAUUCAUGGUAGUUACCAAGUCACUGUACAUAUGAAAAAUAGCAGUCACAAAGCCCUGUCAAUAUUGUUAUAUUUUCCUCCAGAAUAUAUUCUGACAGAAAAAUUGUACUGCAAUGCACACAAAAGUGAAUGGUGGUGUGCAUGCUGACUAUGACCUUUCUAAAUGUCUUUUUAUAGGCAGUUAUUUUAAAAACUUAUAAAACCGUAGGUUUUGUCAUUUGAUAUCUUUAUUAUUACCGAUUACUUUUUCAUGGAGUAAUGUUAAAUUUGAGAAAACAAAAUACAUGUAUCACUAAUUAAAUGAGGAAAAAUAUGUUCAUAAAUCAAAAAUGUCUCCCGUUACCACCGAUAUGUUCAACAACUACUAAUGCACAAACAGUUCUUGUGUGUUUUAAUCGAAGUAAUAUAAAUGGCACAUAUUUUCUGAGCAAUUGCUUUUUCAUCUUGUCCUACAGACAGCAAAUGGAGUGUUAUAUUUAGUUUGACUGAUGUGGAGAGGUUAUUUAAUAUUUUGUUCUAUUCAUACCAAAACAGCAAUAUCUGGCUCAUGUGUUCAUCCUUACUCAAUAGUAUUAUAAUUUUAAAAGAUUUCUGUUUAAGUUUUCAUUGUUAUAUAUACACUCAUCUGUUUUACUGUAUUGAUAUUUUAUAUCAAGUAUUUGAAAUAUGUACACACAGCAUUGUUAAAAUUGUACAUAGAUUUAAACAUAGAUGUAUCAUGCAAUGAUUGUAAUAUAUACACUUGUAUAUUAAAAAUACAUUUAUACCAAAA